UGUGUUAUAUAAUCACUUCGUCUAGCUAUCCUAAGAAAAAAGGAAGAUAGAGAUAGCAAAGCAACAAUGGCAUCUUUCAUCAACAAUCCCUUAACUUCACUCUGUAACACUAAGUCUGAAGCUAAUAAUCUCUUCAAAAUUUCCCCUUUAAGAGCUCAAUCACUGGGUUUUUCCAAGCUUAAUGGCAGCAGAAAAGUUGCUUUCCCUUCUGUUGUUUGCAAAGCGGUGUCUGUACCAACGAAAUCGAGUACAGAGAUUGAAGGGCUUAACAUCGCUGAAGAUGUUACACAGCUUAUUGGGAACACACCAAUGGUUUACCUUAACACCAUCGCUAAGGGUUGUGUAGCAAACAUUGCUGCUAAACUUGAGAUUAUGGAGCCAUGUUGCAGUGUUAAGGACAGGAUAGGGUUCAGUAUGAUAGUUGAUGCCGAGGAGAAGGGACUUAUAUCUCCGGGGAAGACUGUUCUAGUUGAGCCUACAAGUGGAAACACAGGCAUUGGGCUUGCCUUCAUUGCUGCUUCCAGAGGAUAUAAGCUCAUCUUAACGAUGCCUGCAUCAAUGAGUCUUGAAAGAAGGGUCAUUCUAAAAGCUUUUGGAGCUGAACUUGUUUUAACUGACCCAGCCAAAGGGAUGAAAGGAGCUGUUUCAAAGGCUGAAGAAAUAUUGAAUAACACACCAGAUGCCUAUAUCCUUCAACAAUUUGACAAUCCCGCCAACCCCAAGAUACACUAUGAAACAACGGGUCCAGAGAUCUGGGAAGACACAAAAGGCAAGAUUGACAUACUUGUUGCUGGCAUUGGAACUGGCGGAACCAUUACAGGAACAGGCCGAUUCCUUAAAGAGCAAAAUCCAAACAUUAAGAUUAUUGGUGUGGAGCCCACAGAAAGUAACGUUCUAUCAGGGGGCAAACCUGGCCCUCACAAAAUUCAAGGGAUUGGAGCAGGUUUUAUUCCAGGAAACUUGGAUCAAGAUGUCAUGGAUGAAGUGAUAGAGAUAUCGAGUGACGAAGCUGUUGAAACUGCAAAGCAAUUAGCGCUACAAGAAGGGUUGUUGGUUGGGAUUUCUUCCGGAGCAGCUGCUCUUGCUGCCAUUCAGGUUGGGAAGAGACCUGAGAAUGCAGGAAAGCUUAUUGGGGUUGUAUUUCCAAGCUAUGGGGAACGAUACCUCUCCUCUAUUCUUUUCCAGUCAAUACGAGAGGAAUGCGAGAAAAUGAAGCCAGAAUUGUGAAGAUCUUCCUUUUUUCGAGCUAUCUUCUGAUUCUUAAUAAUGCUAUCUGGCUUUUCUAGCUGCCACACUUUUGUUUGUUAUAUUUAGUUGGCUGCUUGUGUAUACAAUAGAUCAGGUAUUAAGAUGGUUCUCAUAACAAAGAUUAAACAAUCUCAUCGAUUCGGUUUGAGGAUUUUUUAUUUGAAUUGAUCAUGAAAUUUCACUGCUGUUUGAAUCUUU